AUCGUUUAUGAACGUGAUGGAGACAAUACAAUAUUAAUCCUACGCUCUAAAUACAUAAUCGUCGCAUCUUUUCCUACCAUUUCUUUUUCACCACCAUGUCGACGAGCAGGCAUACUCCCUUGGAUAUUUGCUCACAAGCCAACGACGAGCAUUGCCAGCUGAGCGUGCGCUUCAACGACCAAUGCGUCCUCAUCCCCAAGCAUCCUCACCGUCACCGUUUACCAAGGAUGGUCACAAAGUCGUAUUCUCUGCCGUUGUGGAAAAGGCGUCCCUCGAGCUCAGGUGGGCCCUCAUCGUCUCCAGAAACGGAUGCCUUCGUACCAGAAGACAGUCAUGUCGUUCUGCGAGUUCCGAUUCCCAGUUUCUCCAACAAAACGCAAUCUCCGACUCGUGCUCGUAGUUCGGACCCUAUGCCGCUCUCCCCGUGUCUGGUUCAACGUUCCCCAUCCGGCACUUCCGCCUUCUUACAAGCAGCCUCCGGGUCUCCCCAGAGUCCACAACGCCCAACGCGUACAGCGUCGUUGUCACCCACUCGCUCAGGUCUCAUCACCGUUCCGCUGCGACAAUGCUGCGCGGCAUGUGAAGCCGUGACGGAAGCGUCUCUGUCGCAAGGAGAUACUUGGACUGAACACUUCUCGCGGUCAGCACGCAGACGGCGCUCAUCCAGCGCAGACGAGGGGCCGCGGACCAUCACAGUCAAAGGAAGCGUUGCUGCCGCCUCCUUUGGGCUCGGUCGUGGUGUUCCGAUCAGCGUGGAUGAGGUUGAUAAGCGUCGGCGGUCAAGUGACUCAGUAGUGACAGCGCCGCCGGUGUGGUUGAACGAGGAGGGAGAGAAUGACUCUUUUAUGGUUGAUACGCAGCGGUCGUCGUCGCCAUUGCGCAUACCAAACUUCGCUGUGCCAUCCACUCCACGGAUACCAGAAGAAGAGGAUGGAGAGGAUGAUGAAGAUCAGUUAUUCCCACUUCCAUCGCCUCGUCGGUCGCCCGGAUCAUCUCCCGCACCAAGCCCAUCUGCUUCUGCAUCGUGCGUUGGGCUUGGUAGGCCGAGUGGGAGUCCAAAUUCAUCAUUGGCCAGCUUAGGCACAAGGACGAUUAAAGACCAGUUCCUUGCACCACCUGUUUCAAGGUCAUCUUCUUCCCUUUCGCUUGCAAAAACAGCCGAGUCCGAUGAAAAUUUACCUCGAGCACCGUCGCCUCAUGUCCUUGCCACGGCCCCCUCGAUCUCCGCACGACCUUUGACUCGCUCUCCGUCGCCGCAGACUUCAUGUGCUCCCUCCAUUUCAAUGCCGUGGACAGAGGGACUUGGUGCAGGUGCAGAUAGAGAGCAGCCUCCACUUACUGUUCCCUCUUCUGCCAGUGCGCCCGUGUCCAUUCCUUCUCGUACGCCGAAAGGUUCUCGAUCGCAUAAGGUCACACAUUCGCUUGUUCACUCUUCGCCAUCCACCUCGCCGAACCUCUCGACUUCCCUUCAUAAAAGGCGUCACGGAUCGUUGUCAUUAGCUCGGCCCCGGCAUAUUAUUGCCGAUGUUCUUCGUGGGGUAGGUGCAGUAGGAGGCGGGGCUGGCAUCGGGGUUCGCGUCUAGCCGAGGGUUAGUGUACAGCCAAUUGGUUCUCAAGCCCCUCUGGUUGUUUCUCUUGUUUUCGCUGGUAAUUUCGCAGUCCCCAAUUUUUUGUCCGUUUUGAUUCACAUAUUUCCCAUCCAUUCGGAGCGCGUUCCGGAUCACACUAGUAAUACUGGCACCCAUAUGCUGCCCCUUCCUUCGUUUCGCGCUCCAUUGUAUCAACAGCCCAAGUUAUCUCUUCUCUCGCAGGUAUGUACCUACUUAUCUGUCCCAGGUCGUUUCUCGCUCACGCGUCUUUACAGUAUAUUCUUCCAUACCCGAUUAUAUGAUAGUGUUGUGUUAAUACAGCAAAUUUAUUGCUUUUUUUGUUA